AUGGCUCCUGGUCUUGUCUCUCCUGUCCCGGGCAACCUUGCCUCUUCCUUCUAUGAGCGCCCUGGUGGCUCCCGCCAGGUCUCCUCCUUCUCGGCUCACUUUGACAAUGAUGCCUUCUCCCAAAAUGGCCGUUCUACUCGCCGGGAAUCAGGAAUCCUCCAGCGCAGCUUCAGCGGUGCCGCUGGCUCCAACCUGGGCAGCCUGGUGCAGAGCCUGUACCAGCGCAGUGGUAACGAGCUCGGAGCCCACGCUUCGUCUCGUCUGAUGAACAGCAGCUACGAAUCCAUUAAGGAGUGGAUCCGUGUUCAGCGUAUGAGCCACUUGCCUCCUGAGGGAAGCAACUAUGACAAGGUCCUGUCCUGGGCUCUCCUCUUUAUUGAGCGUUUGCACCACUUCGAGUCGAACGUCAACAAGUUCGCCGGCGACAGCUACCUGGCCACUCGUCUGUCUUACGGCUACUGCCUCAUGCUUCUUGAGCUCGCUAAGGACAACUCCGAGGCUCUGAUGACCUCAUUCGGUUUCUUCUAUAGCACCUCCUCUACCCUCGUCAACCUUUUGGAGCGUACUGAGCUCUUCGAAGUCUCGCAGGAGAUCAAGGAGCAGCUCAUUCUUGCCUUGUCUGACCUGGUUACUCUGGUUCACGAUGUCUCCACUCACUACCACAAUGCUAUCAGUGGAAUGACCAAGGCAUCCGUGUCUGUUCACAUUUACGACUCUUUCCCCGGCCCGAUCAUUGCCUUCAAGGAGCGUUGCAGCAAGAUCUCCGAGGCUAUGUGGCGCCACCAGCUCGUUCGCGAUAACAUUAGUGCUGAUCGUGUCUCCGUCGUCCGCGACGUUCGCGCUUGGCUCGCCCCCGAGGACCGCGUCUUGGCUCACUUGGCUGAGAACACCUCCCACCUUGCCCACGAGCGUGAGGAGAUGACCUGCCUCUGGGUUUCCCCCUACCUGACCCACUUCCUGAAGAACAAGAGCCGCACCCUUGCCUUGACCGGAAAGCCCGGCUCCGGAAAGACUGUCACUGCUUCCGUUAUCAUUGACCGUCUUCAGGACCCCAUUGCUGGUGUCUCUUACAAGACCCUCUACAUUCCCAUCAACUCGCGCGUUCCCGCUGAGACCACCUCAAUUGCCAUCGUCAAGACCAUCCUUUACCAGCUCUUCGAGAAGCGCAUUGGAAACACUGCUCUCUUGCAGAUCCUGGGCGAUGCCUACGAGCGCAGCAAGAAGACCACCGAUGAGGCACAGUACGAUUCCAUCCUCUGGUCUGCCUUGGAGCGCGCUCUCGCGGCUGCCCUCGCGAAAGCCAAGGAGCUCGUCAUCGUUGUUGAUGGUGUUGAUGAGGCCGUUGGCGGCGAGACAGCUCUGAUGCAGAAGCUGAUCAACUCUACUGCCAACGGUACUGGUGUUAAGCUUAUUACUUUGGGUGUUGAGAAGCCCCAGGCUGCCAAGGAUCUGGUGCACUUGCAGAUCCCCGAGGACCGCGUUGCUGAUGAUAUCUCUACUGUUGUUCGUGCCAGCUUCGAGGAUGAGGCUGUCUUCCAGGGCCUGCCUGAGAUGGAGCAGGAGAUCAUUGUUGACCAGAUCACUGAGGGCUCCCAGGGUUCCUUCCUCUGGGCCAAGCUGUGCUCCAAGCGUGUUCGCCAGGAGAAGACCCCGGAGGCUCUCCACAAGAUCGUGGAGACUAUUGUUAACAGCAAGGUCCCUGUCACUAUCACUGAGUUUGUUUUGCAAGCCAUCCAGGACCCCGCUGUCAAGCCCGAGGCCCGUCAAAUCCUGCUGUGGCUUGCUACUGCCGUUCGUCCCUUCACUCCAAAGGAGCUUGGUGUCUUGUUCUCCAUUGAUAUCACCAAGCACAUCGUGAGCGAUGCCCCUGUGAAGCCAUUGGAGUUCUUGAAGACUGUCAACAGCCUGGUCUUCAUCCAGGAUGGCCAAGUGUACCUGCGCCACGGUUUGAUCCGUUCUUCCAUUCUGGAGAUCCACUCUAAGGGAAAGCUGGUGCCCACUGUCAAGGACCACCAUGCUGACUUCGUCACUCGUCUCUUCAUCUACAUCAAGAGCGUUCUUCCCGAGCAGCACGAGCCUUCCCUGACUCCUCUUGAUGGCCACGACACUACCUCAUUUGUGCAGCGGAACCCCCUGCUUGACUUCGCCGUUCGCUACUGGCCUCGUCACUUGAAGCAGACUACCGUCUACACCACCGGUGGUGAUGUCCCCACUGCUAAGGAGUUCAGCAAGGUGUUCCCCGCUACCAUCACCCUGCUGCUGCUCCAGAACACCCUGUGGCACACUAUCAUUACCCCGACCUUGAUCUCUUACCAGACCACUGUCACCAACCUGUGCCGCAACAUUUUGACUCCUAAGCACAUUGUGACCCUCCAGUCUAUCAUCACCCUGGCUUUCUUGCGCCGUGACAUCAACCUGGUGACCGACUCUAUUCCUCUCUUCUACGAGCUUACCAUCCUGAGCCGUGAUCUGCUCCUGACCAAGCACCUCAUCACCAUGAAGAUUGCCAACAUCUUCCUGGAGUUGACUUCGACGCAGACCACUACUUCUCGCACUGACAUCAUGAUUCAGCGUGAGGAGAUUUUCCUGCUUAUUGUCGAGUGCUACAAGAUUCACUACGGUAACUCUUCUGAGCAGGUUGUGUCUACCCUCAAGACCCUGAUUGAGCACUACCGCUUGACCAAGGAGGAGCACAAGAUCAAGGAGAUCACCACCAUCAUCACCACCAUUACCACUGGUUACGAGGCUGGUGACGGCUCCCGCGGUGAUCUUCACGUCCACCUCAAGGGCCACAAGCGCCAGGAGAGCGAGGGCGGUAUCCGCUUCGUCCUGGACAUCGAGGAGGAUGAAUCUAUUGAUGAUGGCUUUGACUACGAGGCUCUUAUUGCCCUGGCCGAGAAGUACCAUGCUGAAGGCAAGAUUGUGGAGGCCGAGCGCAUCUACGUUGAGAUCUGGCAACGCUCUAACCGUGAAUGCCGCAUUCAGACUACUUCCUUCUGGGAGGAGACUAAGCUGAAGGCUGUCGUCGCUUACUCCAAAUUCCUUAAGACUGAGAAGCGUGAGACUGAGGCUUCUUCCAUCUUGUCUAGCGUUUGGGAAGAGCACCGUCACACCAGCAUUGCCAUCUCUGAGAAGUCUUCUCACCACUUCGAGGAGAUUGCCACUGUCAUGGCUUCCGUUGGUCUUUCCGCUGCUGCCCUGUCUAUCUUCAAGCAGAUCUCCAGCUACUACCAGAGCACCAGCCAGACUAAGUCUUCUCGCUUUGAGCAGAUCCAAAAAAGCAUCACCAGCACCUCUGAGCACGUUAUGAAGUCGACCCAGUCAUCCCACUCCAGCGUGUCUGAGUCCACCCUUGAGGAAACCAUCUACGAGUCCUUCUCGUCUCAGAAGUUCGACGAGAGCUCUUUCGUUGCUACCACCACUUUGAUCGAGCAGUUCAGCUCCCAGCACCGCUGGAAGGAUGCCACUCGCGUUAUCAAGAAGGUUCUCCAGGGUCUGUGGCCUACUCUGUUCGCUCCUUCUAUCGAGGAUGUCGCUCUGCCCACUAAGAACGCCAACCAGGCCAUUGAGUACGCUGAACGCCUCGGACAGUACUACCACUAUCGCCGUCGCUUCCCUCGCGAGGAGAACAUCCGCAUUCGUGUCUACCGUGCCGUUCGUACUGGACGUCCUGCUGACGACAAGGUGCGCGAGCGUGUCACUGAGGCCCUGAUUCGCUUCUACGAGCGCAACUCUCAGCCCGACAACGUCAUCAGUACCCGCCAGGAAGUCUUGGACGACUACAUCAAGCACUACGGCCGUGACCACGCUGUUGUCAUCAAGACUCUGUGGACCCUGGCUGAGCUGACUCGUCCUCGUCCUAUCUUCGUCGAGUACUACCAGCGUAUCAUCCGCUCCCUGAACAAGGACUCACCUACCUGCAAGCCCGAGGCUCUCGAGCCCCUUGUUUUGGUCGCUACCGAGCUCUGGAACCAGAGCCGCUACUCCGAUGCCGUGGCUUACUUCACUCUGCUGUUCACCACCUUCUUGAGCCAGCCCAAGCAGCCCCGCUUCGAGAACCCCUCUUUCGUCCAGGAGGUCUUCACCCGCUACACUCACUGCUUGCGCUCCGUUCGUACCAACUAUGACAUUAUCCACAAGGUUACCGUUGACUACCAGACCAAGGUGAAGACUGUCUUCAGUGCUACUGCUUCGAUCACCAUCCAGGCCACUCUCACCCUUGCCAAGGUUUGCCAGGAGUCCAAGCGCUACGAGUACGAGGCCAUCACCCUCUACGAGGAGCUGCGCAAGACUGGUUCCAAGGAGAUUGAUAUCGAUGAGAUCACGGCUAUCCUGGACGGUAUCUACGAGGAGCAGACUCUCAUUGCCUUCAAGUCCGAGUCUGCCUCUAAGCAGCAGAUCGAGACUGCUUCCAAGGUCCUGACCCGACGCGUUACAAGCCUCCGCAAGGAGCACGGCUGGGCCCACGAGGAGUCUAUCAACCAGAUGCAGAAGAUGGUCGAAUUCAACUACAGACACAGCUCUGUUGAGUCUGUCCACAAGGAGUUGAAGGAGUCUACCGUCAACAUUCUGAAGGAGUCCACCUCUUCCACCCUUUUGGUUUCUGCUGCUAUCGCCAUUGCCAGUAGCUACGUCGCCACUAACCAGGUCCACAAGGCUACUGAGAUGUCCGAGGAGCUUUACCGCCAGGUUGUCAUGAAGGAUACUACCAACGUCAAGACCUCUGAGUUUGAUCUGACCACCAAGGGUCGCCAGAGCCUGGUCUUCCUUGCUCAGCUCCAGCACAGCCUUCACCAGCAGACUACCAGCAUCACUGACAUUCUUGCGUCCUUGACCACUGAGUACGUCUACUUCGAGGAGUUCCGCAGCUACACCUCCAGCAAGACCGCCACUUUCCACAGUGUCACCCUGUCAGCCACCCGCCUGUACCACUUCCUGCUGCGCGCCCAGCGCCAGAUUGCCGCCGUCCGCGUCUUCGACGAGUUCGUGGCCUACUUCGUGGCUACUGAGGGCAAGCGCACCAAGGUUACCGACAAGGCCCAGGUCAAGGUGUUCAUCACUGUCAUCCUGACCCACUUCAACACCCACCAGUCCUCGAACUUCGUUCGCUCGGUCGGUAUUGCCAGCAACCUGCACGUCAUCAAGCUGCUCGAGGCGAAGAAGUACGACGAUGCCGCCAACCUGGCCCUCGCCGCCUUCCAGUACAUCUCCGCCCACGACGUGUUCCGCACCCCCGAGAUCGUCAAGUUCGUCUUCACAAUCGGUGUCUUCAUCACCGGCCGCACCGUCGCUCCCCAGCCCGACGCCGCCACCCAGAAGAAGCUGCACAGCGUCUCCGCCGUCAUCAUCCAGGAGGUUCUCCACGUCAUCAGCGACCUGAAGAUCAACCUCUCCCAGAUCAACCUGGACUACCUGAACAUCCUGAUCGGCCUCCUCGGCGAACAGCAAGACUACAAGACCCUCGUCUGGCUCCUCAGCGGACUCUGGGCCAGCCGCAACAAGCAGGUCACCUGGCCCGCCCAGGUCACGCUCAGCCUCGCCCGCCGCUUCAUCCUCGCCCGCUACCUCACCGGCGACUCGCUCAAGGCCGUCCGCCUCGCCGAGGACAUCGUGUACAACUGCCGCCGCGUCAACGGCCCCCGCCACUCCAGCACCCUGGAGAUGUCCACCCUGCUGACGCAGCUGUACACCGGCAUCGCCCAGCGCUACCAGACCGCCAAGGGCGGCCAGAGCAUGGCGAACAAGUACUACAAGAAGGCGGCCGGCGUGCACGAGAACCUGCUCCGCAUCUUCGUCGACCCCUCCCUCGCCGAGAUCGAGGGCGGCCUCGACAACAGCUUCAGCAUGGAUGGCUCCGCCUACGAGCUCAACAUCGAGGAGACUGCCAACGGCUCUUCCCUUACUGAGGGCGAGCAUGUCCGCCAGCACCUCCACCUGCUCAAGCUUGCUGUCCAGCGUCUGGGUGACUGGCCCAAGGACUACUCUGAGUACAGUGACCUCAACGCUGACCUCUUCCGUGACUUCGGCGGCGAUCUCCAGGGUUUCGAGGGUGUUGAGAAGUGGAACUUGAAGGGCUUCGGCGCUGGAAAGGCUGCUGCUAAUGAUGAUAACUUGGCUCUUGAGACUAUUACUUGGGAGAUUGAUCUUGCUGAGCCUUCUUUCCCUGAGGAUGAGGAGGAGCUUUGA